AUGACACAGAAGAGGAAUUUCGUAAACUACUUAUUGAUAUCAAACCACUUUAUCACGGGCUACUCGACCAACAAGGUAGAUGAUCGUCGCAUUCUGCUUAUGUUGCAUUUUCCAGAAAAGGAUAAAGUUGGCUGUUUGAUAAAGGAGCUGGUUGGUCUGUCGUCUACAGGAUUCCAGAGAUCCCAGAGAAACGAACUAGCAAGAGCAUUGCUAUUCAAACUGAAAACAAAUCAGAUCUCGAACGUGUCUGUUACAGAAUACUUUGACGUCAAACGUAAAAUUAUACAAGCGAAGGCAAAUCAAAAUAAAACAAAGAAAAAUAUACCUUUGUUCAUAAGGGAUGCCGAGAUCCAGCAGAAACGUCCGCUAAAUAACCAUAGCGCAUCUAGCUUUAGGUAUCGUUCAAGGCAACAGAAGCAGCGCGUGAAGGCUCAGAACCAUGGAGGAAAACACAGAAUUGUAGCAGAUGGAAGGAAGGGGCUCCAUACCGGAAGUCGCUACAAAUUGGAAUUCAAAUCCGGAAUUUUCGGCACAGCUCACUCUGCGGCAGAAGACAGUCAGUCAGAUUUGGAAACUGACAUGACUACCGAAGAUCGGGAUGAUAGUCGGUCGAUUUAUGACAAAGACGAUGUAAAUGUUAGCGGCAUCAAUGAACUACUAAAGUCAAUGCCCAAAGAUGGUGGCAGAAAAUCCUCAACACAAGCUCACCGUGAAGAAAGAAGGAUUAGGCAGCCUAAGGCGAAUGCCCACAAGGUGCCACGAGAAUUUACAGAGGAGGAUUUUCAAGAGGAUCUUACGGAUAUUAGACUUGAAAAUGAACUGCAAGUGAAGAGACUGGUUGACAAAAAGAAUGCCGCGCUGACAGUGAUGCAACAGGCGAAGGCCGAGCUGACAGUGAUGCAACAGGCGGCGGAAGAAAAGCAUGGGGAGCUGCGUCGUGCGAUAAGUAGGCUGGAGGCCCAACUAGCGGCUGCCGUUCAGAACGCGGAAUCAGUGAAGAGACAAUCAGAGGAGCGAUCCAAACAGCUACAAUCAUCCGUGCUAACCCAAAUGGAAGCUUUGAUGAAGGAAAAUGCUAGAGAUCGCGAACUAUUGAUGCAGGAACACGAAGAAAAGCAGAAAAAUUUACAGGACCAGGUGAUUGCUGCUGAAAGAACAUUGGAGGAGCAGAUCAAGCUGACAGAUAAACUACAAAUGGAACUGAAAUCAAAGAAUGAGCAAUAUGCGGAACUAGAGAAGCAAUGUUCUGACUUACAAAGUUCAUUCGAAGCUGCAAAGAAACAGCGACACGAAGUGGAGUUGAAGUUGAAAGAGCAAGUCGCAGCGGCGGAGGAAUUGAGUCGCACACUCAAGAACCUCCAAGAUACUAACCGAAGCCACGAGAUAUGUAUGGCGGAGCAUGACAAAGAGCUACACCAGAUUCGGACGCAAAAUGCCAAUGAAGUGAUUCAGUUGAAACUGGAACACGCUGAAACGAUUAGCCGGUUAAGUACGGCCAUUGAGCGAUUGAAAACUGAAUUUGAAGACCAAUUACGAGCAAAAGAAAACAGAGCUUCGGCCAAGGAACAGGAUCAACUGAAUUCAGAGAUCAGCGACAUGCGACUUCGACUGGAGAAUACCGAAGAAAGUCGCCAUGAGAUAGAGAGAACACAUCAAGUAGAGACUGAACAACUACGCCAAAAAUAUGAGGAGGCCCUAAAUCAGUGGAAUCAGAAAGAGCAAACCUUGCUUAACGAUAAUAGGCUUUUGAAAGAAAAGCUAGCGUCAUUUGGAGCGAAAGUAUGUCCGAUUCGCCUUGAUGCCCAAAUGCAAACAACACCCAGUACCGAUGAUGAGAUACUGCUUCAGAAGAUCGGCGAAACCUUUACGAAACAAAUGAACAGCUGGCGUGAAGACUCGUUGUCGCACUGGGUAGAGAAAGUGAAGGAAGAAGAACAGCAGCGACUGCGAACUUUCUAUGAAGAAGCAGAAGCUGUUCAGAAGAAGGAGCACGAAAUAAAUCUGUCCACGCUCAGAGCCGAACACACGAACCGCUAUAACCAACUCAAAAAGCGUGAGGAAUUACUCAGAACACAGUGCACUCGAUUAGAAACGGAGCUGGGCGAAUGCAAGAAGUUGUUACAACACGAGCUCAGAGCCGAACACACGAACCGCUAUAACCAACUCAAAAAGCGUGAGGAAUUACUCAGAACACAGUGCACUCGAUUAGAAACGGAGCUGGGCGAAUGCAAGAAGUUGUUACAACACGAGGUGGAAACACGUCAUCAACAGUUAAACGAGCUCAGUGUGGCACGUGAGAAUGAGCGACAAGAAUGGUCAAGAAUGCAAGCUGAAAAAAUAGCUAUUUUGCAGGAACAGUGUGAAAACAGAAUAAAACAAAUACGCAUGGAGCAGAUGGAGGAUUUUCAAACCAAGCUAAAUGAAGAGGUGCGCAAAAAGGAGAGGUACCUGGAAGAACACAUCGAGAACCUCAACAAGAAACUUAAUAGCUGCAGAACUCGGAUAGACGAGCUCCAGUCGGCACUGGAUCAAAGUUGUUUGGAAAAGGAUGCCAUGCAGCAAAAGAUGGCAACUGCGCAUCAGGAGGAACUGAAAGUCCUAAGACAACGUCAUCAACAGGACUUGUGGACGCUCAGAGAAAAGAUUGCCAGUGAAAGGAAGCGUGCACGAACAGCAGAGUUCAAACUUCGUGAACGGGAUAAAAUUUGGGCGGACUUAAACAAGCUCCGGGAAAACCAGAUCGAUCAUUAUCUUCCAAUCGAAGUUCAGCUUCAUUUGGAAUCUACGAUUGAGUCACUUCGUGCACAGGUUGGCCUUCUUCAGAAACGCAUUGCAUUACUUACCGGAAGAGGAAACGAGUACGGACAAGUGGACGGAUCGAUUUCUGCUGUACAGAAUCGGAGACCAGAAAUAAAAUCGGAAAUCCCCAAUGCACCACAACCCAUGUCCCGUUUACAUUCGCCAAAAACGAAUAGUGGUGACCAUUUGGUUGACUGGAAUGAGUUACAAGUCGACCUCACUCCGUCAAAAGGCCAGUACUCAUGCGAUUUACGGAGAUCUACAGAAGUUGCGGAAGGUAAACCUGUGGCAACCAACCGAUCGCGGGGAAUAGCGAUAUAGACCUGCCCCCGGAAAAAUCCUAGUUGCACAUAAUUGGGAUGAAGAACCAAUGCUCAAACGGGAUAUAUCACGAAUGUUUGAUUCAGACUUCUAUUCGAUUCGUAUAUACACUUGAAUUCUACUGUACAAGUUGGUCGGAAAAAUAAAAACAAAGAGGAGCUGGAGAUGUACGCAUCAUUACCAUGUGAAUGGGUUCAAUGCUCAAAAUGUAACAUCAGGAAAUGAAAGGGGAAGGUAGUUCAUAUUUUCUUUUUCUUAGAUUUUUUGACAGCACCUGAUACUGCCAGAAGGGCUGGUGCCAAUCGCGGUGACUGGUGCAUUACAGGGGGGAAGUCUAUUGAUUUAACUGGCUGCUUGUCAGAAAGUGCAGAAUUAGGGCGAGACCGAAAUGGGUCAAGCUGCUUGGAGAGUGGAUCCUUGGUAGGCUCUCGCUUUCGUUUCUUCGAAUGUACCAGUUGACGACGACUGAGGGGUUUCGGAUUUUGGAACGAUGUCAAUGAGGAUGGAAUAUUAGAAGAAACUGAUGGGUUUUCAGAAGUAACCAGCUGGACGAAGGUCUCUUCCGGUAUUGGAUCUUUCGACAAUGAAAUGAUAAUAGCAGAUUCCUCCUGUUGAGAAAAUAACAGCGGAAGUUGAAUAGAGUUGCUAAAAUGACACUUUAAUUCUUGAUAUCAGUCAGCGUCAAAGAUCAGUGAUCAAAAC